AUGUCGGACAAGCGCAGAGCAGAGAUCGAGGCAAAGAGGGCGAAGCUCGCAGAGCUCCGCAAGGCGAGGGCAGAUAGGCAGAAAGCGGAUUCUGAGCGUCGCGUCUCCGAGACUGCAGGUCCAUCGACAGUCCGGAGGGAUGUCGACGACCUCGUCAGCUCGCUCAUCGGCACCGACAUCGGGCGGCGUGUAGACAGCCGAGCCGGCUCACCACCGACCUCCGUCCCAGGCACUCCGUUACUUGCGCAGAACAGAUCACUCGCGGGGCCUUCGACGCUCUCCCCCUCUGGCAGGCUAAGCAGACAGAGCGAUGCUGCAUCCGAUCGGAUCAGUGUGGGCACGACAUUCGUGCAAUCAACGAACGGCACAACAGACCAUGUUGUAGACCGCGUUAUGAUCCCCCGCGUAGUCCCAGAUUUAAUUGACGUAGAGGAGGAGCUCUUUGAAAUGCCACAGAAGGAACGUGUCAUAUACAACAAAGAGGUGCAGACGAUGGAGUUUGAGCCCAGUUCAGACGAGUCCGACGAAGAGGCGCGAGAAGCGAUCGCGCAGAAGGAACGUGAAGCUGAGGAGGCUUUGGAGGCCGCACGCGAACGAGCGUUAGAGGCGGAGAGUAUCCUUCUCGACAAGCAGAUUGAAGAAGUAAUCCGAGAGAUGACGGAGGAAGAGAAGACAAGCAUCUUCGCAGCACCGGAGUUCCUCGACUUCGUUGAGCAGUCGACGAAGAUAAUCCAACGAGCACUUAACGAUAACUACGACUACGUUCGGGACUACACAAUCGGUACCGAGACGGGCGGGGAUGACACAGAAGGCCGGCGAGUGAAGUGCGUUUGUGCUUUCUAUAGUGAACGGUACGGGAAGAACCGAUCAGUCACAGACGUGGCCUGGUCACCAAAGUUCCCAGAACUCAGCUGCGCAUCCUACAACAAGAACCCUGCUGCGCUGAAUGAGCCCGACGGCAUCGUUGCCGUCUGGAAUUUGCAUCUUCUGGAGCGGCCGGAAUUUGUCUUCCACUCACAGUCCGACGUCCUCUCCGUGACCUUCUCACCGUUCCAUUCAAAUCUCGUCUUCGGCGGAACGUACUCGGGGCAGAUCCUGCUGUGGGACACACGCUCGAAGCAUCUGCCAGUGUUGAAGACCCCACUAUCGGCGGCGGGACAUACACAUCCUGUGUAUGCGAUGCAGAUGGUGGGAACGCAGAACGCACACAACCUGAUCACGAGCAGUACGGACGGGACGGUAUGUAGUUGGCUGGUAGACAUGCUGGCUCAACCACAAGAAACCUUGGAACUCGUACAUGCUGGUCACAACAAGACCGGCGAGGUGGCUAUCACGACAUUGGACUUCCCGGACAACGAGACGACGACAUUUUGGGUCGGUACCGAGGAAGGCAAUGUCUACCAGGCGAACCGAUACGACCGGGCAGGCGCGAAGGCCGGACUCAACCAGUACGAUGUCUACAAGGGUCAUUCUGGCCCUGUCAUGGGGCUGCAUUUCCACCCACAGCACGGGCCGGUCGACUUCUCCGACAUGUUCCUCACGUGCUCCGUGGACUGGACGGUCAAGCUAUGGCGUGCCAAAUCGCUCGCGAAGCCAUCGACGGCGGCGAACGUCAUCUCGCCAAUAUAUUCGUUCGAUGAGGCCGACGACUACGUGUACGACGUUAAAUGGCACCCGUCGCAUCCGGCGGUCUUCGGGGCUGUGGACGGCUCAGGCCGGUUCGACGUGUGGAAUCUAAACUGGGACACGGAGGUCUCGACUGUGUCGACAAUAGUAGGUUCUGGACGGGCGCUGAACAAGAUGCAGUGGGACCGCAAGGACGGCCGGCGGGCAGCCAUGGGGGGGAGCGACGGGAAGCUGUAUAUCUACGACAUUGGAGAUAUGGCGCUGCCCAGAGAGUCGGAGUGGACGGACUUGCAACGGGCGAUCUCUGGCGUGGCCGGAGGCGGAGCGCAGAACGGGAUCAUCGAGGCUGGGCGGUAGCGGGUUUGGGGAUCUCGCGUGUUGUGCUUGCAUGUGUUGCUCUGGUUGCGGCAAGAGUGUAAUGGAUAUGUUAUACCCUGUGCUAUGGAUGGAGGUGGGCGGGUGGCCGUUCGGGGUUCCGAGGCAGGUGAGGGCGGGCGUCCGUGCGAGUAUAAACGCGCUUCGGCGGGGCAAGCGCACUGCGUAGCACUCGGAUUGCCCACUGCGUUCGCUGGCCCUGGAGAGUGCGGAAAUAGAGGCAGACAAACGCAGCCCCUCCGUUCGUCUCGUCGCAUUCCCCGAGCCUGAAAUACCGUCAGCUGACGGAUCAAUGCUCAGCCGUCGACUGGCCUCCUCCCUCGCACCGGCCCUCUUCCACCCGGACAAGCCUGUCCUCUCAGCCACCGGGCGAUCCUCCCUCAAGCCUUCCUUUUCUCAGCGACCCCCACCAUCCCGCAACAUGUCCGCCUUCAAGCAGGUAACGUCGUCGCCGUCGCCCCCGUAGUCCCCU